AUGAAACAUGAAGGAGGUAUCAUGCUUUUGCCCAAUCGAUAUCAUCACGAUUUGCCUGUCAUUACACUUAACGCAGGGCUCUACGUUCUACAGAGGCGCCAACAGGACACCGGCGCUGCUACGCGGGACAGAAACACAGUGCGCGGACCGAAGUGCCCGCGUAUCCACCAAACUGGCCAAACAAAUCCUUUAAUUAUUGCAAGAUUGAGAAUGGACGUUGUUGAAAUGAAUAUCAGUGAUGAUGCUUUGGCCCUAAUUACCAACGCCAACUGUGAGCAGAGCGUUAAGAGGGCACUUUUCGUUCCAAAUGUGGUUGUGUCGUUUGUUGGAAAGUUGCCACUACCAAAAGUCACAAUUCGCACGAAGCUGCCAAACAGACCCACGGGUGUCGAUGCUUGUGUGAUUGUGAAGGAUUUGAAAGGGACCGAUUAUAAUGCCAGUAAUGACAUUUGGAGGCGCAAAUGGCGAGUCGAUGGGGGGAAAGGCUCUCCUACCACAGUCACCUUCUUGCCUUUAAGCGAACUGAAGUUGUGCUAUCAAUCAUAUGAAUCCCGGAGAAAACUUGCUUCCACUUUUGAUGUUUUUCUUGCUGAUGAACGGAUAGUGCAUCAUCUCCCGACGAAUUUGGGGAAAGCCUUUUAUGGUAAUGCGCGUGACAAGGUACCGAUACCUGUUGCGCUUGAUGGGAAGAAUCUAGUUAAGGCCAUAGACCAGGGCCUUCACUCGUGCUUAGUCCUCAUCAGUGGUAAAGGAACCACCGAUUCCGUCGUUGUUGGCAACACAAGCAUGCCGAAAGAGCAUAUCAAGGAAAACGUUAUUUCAGUGAUCCGUGACGUCGUGGAUAGAUGGCCCGGAGGUUUAAGAACUCUUCGCUCGAUUUACGUUCGUGGUGUCGGACCUAGCGUGCCCUUAUAUUUCGACAAUACGGAGAUAGACAAGGAAGAAGCUGAGGCCAAACUUCGUGAAGUCAGAAUGCAAACUUCCGCAUCGAUGCAUCCUCAUCCCAAGCUUCUUACUCAAACCCUUUUAGAAGCAGCGAAAGAUCUUCCUAUCACAAAAAGCCAAGUGAAAACUAUACUAAGGAAAAAGACGCGACAGCAGAUCAAGAGGUUACCCCGAAACACGCCCAAAUCUGGAAAAACAGGGCGCCUUUCAAAUGUUAGAAAAACACCAAAAUAA